AUUUUAUUUCGACAUCGGCGCCGUUGAUACGCGAAAAUGAUAAAACGAUUUUUACUCGCGACGAUUUAUUGCGCUUACUUAGCAUCAUCAGACGAUCUCCCCUCUUUCAUCCAUGUGUGCCACAGGGAGGAUCCGAAUCUAGUGCAAUGCUUAAUGGCGUCCGUCGAGGACAUUCGUCCUUUCCUCGUGGACGGUGUUCCCGAGCAUAAAAUUCCCAGCUUGGAGCCGCUGAUCAUGAAGGACUUUUUUUCUGAGCAAGCAGCAGGAAUGAGAAUCACCGUGUCCAAUGUCAGUGCUUGGGGUUGUACUGAUUAUUUUGUACGUGGCAUGGACGUUAACUUGGAGACUAAUUUUUUUACGCUAUACAUAGACCUCCCGAGGCUUCGAAUUGAAGCUCAUUACGGUGUGGACGGUAAACUCUUAAUGUUGCCCGUCAAAGGAGACGGAAAUCUUGAAGCCAAUAUAACUGAUGCGCAUGCAAGGGCGGGACUUAAGGGCGAAGUGAACGAGAAAAACGGAAACAAAUAUCUAACUUUCAAGGAAUUCGAUCUCCACGUAGAUGUAGGAGGAGGUAACGUUCGAUUGGAAAAUCUGUUUAACGGCGAUAAAGUAUUGCUGGGGAUGAUUAACGACGUGGUUAACAAAAACUUUGACAUGUUUUUGAGGGAACUGAUGCCCAUCAUCGAGAAAUCCUUGUCCGCUGUAUUCAAGGAGGCGGCCAAUGCUAUUGUCGAAUCUUAUACUUACGAUCAACUCUUUCCUCAGUAAUUGAAAUAGUUAAUAAAAACUAUGCCUAUAUAUACUUCGAUAAAUGUUUUAAAAUAAAAAUAAAGUGUUAACCUAAUUAAUAAUAUUUGGUGAUCGCAAUUGUGUAACGAUAAUUUUGUAAAAGUUAAUGUAUACGUUAUUAU